AUGGCGGACGAAGAGAAGAUGGAAAUUGAUGAACCUGUUUCAUCUAAAGUUAAAGACAGACCAAAGACUGGGGGAUAUGAAGUACCAUGGGUAGAGAAGUACAGACCAUCUAAAAUGUGUGAUAUAGUUGGUAAUGAAGAGACUAUAAGUAGAUUAACUGUGUUUAGUAGAGAGGGCAAUGUUCCUAAUGUUAUCAUAGCAGGUCCCCCUGGUACAGGUAAAACCACCAGUAUUUUAUGUCUAGCUAGAACAAUGUUAGGUCCAUCAUACAGAGAUGCUGUCUUGGAAUUGAACGCUUCCAAUGAUAGAGGAAUAGAUGUUGUUAGAAAUAAAAUUAAAAUGUUUGCUCAGCAGAAAGUCACUCUACCUAAAGGACGACAUAAAAUUAUUAUAUUGGAUGAAGCUGACAGCAUGACAGAAGGUGCUCAACAAGCUUUGAGAAGAACAAUGGAAAUAUACUCUAAAACUACCAGAUUUGCUCUAGCUUGUAACUCUUCAGAGAAAAUUAUUGAACCAAUUCAAUCUCGAUGUGCUGUGUUGAGAUAUUCUAAGCUAAGUGAUAGUCAGUUAUUAGCUAGGCUAUUAGAGGUGUGUACCAGUGAAUCAGUUAGUUAUACAGAUGAUGGGCUGGAAGCUAUAGUUUUUACAGCACAGGGUGAUAUGAGACAGGCUCUCAACAAUCUUCAGUCAACAUUUCAAGGUUUUGGUCAUGUUAACAGUGAAAAUGUAUUCAAAGUAUGUGAUGAACCUCAUCCCACACUAAUAAAGAAGAUGUUACAACAUUGUGUUGAAGUGAAUAUAGAAGAAUCAUAUAAAGUUAUGGCACAUCUGUGGAAACUAGGCUAUUCUCCACAUGAUAUCAUUAAUAUUGUAUUCCGUGUUUGUAAAAAUCAUGAUAUGCCAGAAUUUCUUAAAUUAGAAUUUAUUAAGGAAAUUGGAUAUACCCACAUGAGGAUAGCAGAAGGUGUGGAUUCUUUAUUACAAAUGGCAGGACUAUUAUCUAGAUUGUGUAAAAAAUCUGCUGCACCAGAUAUACUUGUUCAGUGAACUCAUUAAAACUCUUAACUACUGUAACUUCAGAACUGUGAAUUUGUGUGAAGUCUGCUACAUCAGACAUAUUGUUCAUUUGAUAAAAACAUAAUCAUGCUUGGAAGCUAUGUUACUUUUACAUAUUCUUAUUACAAAGAGAAGAACUUCAUCAGGCUUUAGUGUGAUGUGCUAUUUUUCUAACAAAUAUAGGGAACAAAAUGGAUACAACUCGUGUGAAUAUAGAAAAUCAUGUUGAACCAAAGACUAGACUAUGUAUACUUUGUUUCAGAAAAACCAUAAACAGCCUUUCAAAAUUAAUAUUGUUUUAUUUUUUUAAGAUGCUUUGUGGUUACAUUGCACUGUUUUCUCAAAGUAAAAAUGAAUUAUCAAUUUCCUUCAGAUCUUAAUAUGAUGCUAAUUUCAAGUAAAAACAUUAUCACAGAUUGCGAUCUUAUUUUUCUCUCUAAAAACUAAUUUCUACACUUUAAAUAAAUAGAAUAGAUCAAUUAAAAAUCAUUUACAAAAGUUAUUCUUUAAAUUCAUAAAAUAUGGAGGGAAUUGUGUGGUUUUCUAAAGAACUUGUUUCAAUUUAUAUACAAAAUAGGAUCAUAUAUACAAUAGAUUGAAAAAAUGUAAAAUUCUAAAUAUUGGAAUGUCAUGACACAAUAAUGUGGAAAAGGGACAAAAACUUCCAGAAAAUAUUUAAAAUUUGGAGGGACUAACUAAACGAGACAGUUAUUUUAAAAGUUCUUCCUUAUAACGAGCUUUCUGUAUAAUUUGAGCUCGUUUCUGCCUCUCAGUAGCUUUAUUACCAACUGUAUGUUUAAGAGCAGGUAAGCUGAUUAUAUCUCUUUGAACAUAAGCUUCAUCAGGUAAUUUUCUAGUAGGAUGUUUUAAUGGUAUUCUAGGUAGAGCUGAUUUACUAGUUUUAUUUUCUCCUGAUAACUCUUUACUAUCAUCUUCUGCUACGUAAGCUUUAGCUAAUAAAUAGGCAUCAGGAGUCCAUUUAUGUGAAUAUAAUACAUCUCGUAAAUCAGAUUUUAAUCCCUCCAACUCAUGUGACUGUUUCUCAUUAACUUGUUGUAAAUGUUUGAUUAUUCCUUGACACUCUGAUAAUGUUGGUUGUGAUGAAGAUUUGGGACUAAAAAGAUUUUCACCAGCUACCACCUGUUCUGCCAUUAAAGCAGUUUGAGGAGCUUGUAUUGAUUCCUCUUUUAAUUUAUCUAUUGCCAUAUUCUGUCUCUUAAUCUGGUCUUCUCUCUGUUCUACCAGUUGUUUCAGAUAAGUAUUAGCAUUCACUGCCUCACGUAAUGCAUGUUUUAAUUCUUUUAUUUCUUCAUUUAAAAAUAUUACUCUCACUUCUCUUGAUUUCUCUGUACCCUCAAUAUAUUUAGUAUCAAAUGAUGUUGAAUCAUCAACUUCAGUUGGUUCUUCACUUCCAGUAUUUUUCUCCUUUCUGGCACUAUUUUUCCUUUUCUCAUUCAUAACCAAUCGAAACUGCAGAUCUUUAUUUUCUUUCUUAACAAUAUCAAUUUCUUCAUGUAAACAUUUCAAAAUAUCUUGAUGUUGCUGUUUCAGAAAUUUAAUGCUGCGUUCUAAAUAAGUAGCUUUUUGUGCAGGGUCCAUGUUGCUCAUCUCUGUUUCUGUAGUUUGAUCUUCAUUUUCUCCCUUCCCUACAGCUUGUGGCGGCAUACGGUCUCGAAUGAAAGGUUUAGGAUAUCGAGACUUAUCCAGUGUAUUUACACGAUUCCAUUGAGGAAGCAUACUAAGAGGUGGUAAAUGACUUGGCAUUGCCACAUCUGGAAGUGGUACAGCUCCAUGAUUUUGUAAUGGAUUUGAUUUUAUCAUCCUCAAAUCAUUUCUAGCAUUAUGAUAUUGACCCUGCAUUAUGGUUUUUUUCUAAGAGAAGUAAUUAUUCCCACAUUUCAAUGCAUUCCUGAAACAAAAGACUAUUAAAUCAAUAAUUAAUUUUUGGUUGUCAACGACUCCUCCAUUUUG